UGUGUUCAGCGGUUCCCGAAGGCGCCACGGCUAGUGCAGGCGGCCCACUCUCUGACGCCCUGCCUGGAACCCCGGCCAGCCCCCGCCGGCCUCCUCUCCAUCUCCCCUGGGCUGCUCGGGACUUUGGAAAGCAGAAAUGGCCAAACUCCUCCAACCUCCACCCAAGUUCUUGCCUGAAGAGUGGCACAUCGCUAACAAGAACCAGUACCACAGAGCAGAGGCCCAAAGGUCCCGGUCCGAACGCCUGGUGGCAGAAAGUCAGAGGCUUGUGGAUGAGAUUGAAAAGACCACAAGAAAGUCUCAGAGCGAUGUAAACAAGAAACUAGAACAGAGACUCGAGGAAGUCAGGUUCUGGAAGAAGGAGCUGGAUGACAAGCUGGAGCAGCUAGUCUGCACCACAGAGGACCUGCUCACCUAUCAGACCAGGCUGCAGAACGCCCUGGAGAGCCUGAAGGAGCCCCUGCACAUCACCCAGAUGUGCCUGGAAUACAGGGACAAGCGCAUUGGCAUCGACCUGGUGCAUGAUGAGGUGGAACAGGAGCUGCUGAGGGAGGCUGAGGUCAUCCGCGGGGUCAUGGCCCUGCUGACCCGCACCUUGGAUGAGGUGACUGAGCAGAUCAGGCUGAACCGCUCCGCCAAGUACAACUUAGAGAAGGAUUUGAAGGACAAGUUUGUGGCCUUGACCAUCGACGAUGUUUGCUUCUCUCUCAACAACAACUCCCCAGGCAUCUACUACUCGGACAGCGUCGUGAGAGUCGAGCCGCACUCCGUGAGUCUGGAGGACUGGCUGGACUUCUCCAACACCAACGUGGAGAAGGCGAACAGGCAGAGAAACAACUCCCUGGCGCUGAAGGCCCUGGUGGACCGGAUCCUGUCCCAGACAGCUGAUGACCUGCGCAGGCAGUGUGACAUGGUGGACACGGCAUUCCAGAUGGGGCUGAAGGAGACCAAGGCCGCCAGGGACCAGCUGGCUGCCCACCUGGCCAAGGUCAUGGAAGAGAUCGCAUGCCAGGAGAAGAACAUGACGGUUCUGGAGAAGGCCAUCCUUGAUCAAGAGGGGCCUGCCAAGGUGGCUCACACGCGCCUGGAGACCCGAACACGCCGGCCCAACGUAGAGCUGUGCCGCGAUGUCGCGCAGUACCGGCUGGUCAAGGAAGUCGGCGAGAUUGCCCAGAAUGUCGGAAGGCUGAAGGAGGCCCUGGCACAGGCGCAGGUGGAGCUGAAGGGCCUGAACCGCCGGCAACUGGCACUGCAGGAGGAAGUCCAGGUCAAGGAGAACACCAUCUACAUCGACGAGGUGCUCUGCACCCACAUGAGGAAGUCCAUCCCCCUGCGGGAUGGGGGUGACCAAGGCCAGUGGGCUGGGGGCCUGCGCCCCGACACCAUCUGCUGAGGAUGGCACUUCACACACUGAUUAAACCCAGU